UGCGGGGAGACCCUGCCCCUAAGGGGCGGGCGCCUGGCAGUGCCCUACCGGCGGCGGAGGGUUGGGCCGAGUUCCCAGCCCCUCUCCGCCCGCCCGGUUGACAGGGGAGAAGCCGGCUGCGAGGGCGGGGGUCUUGCGGGAGCCUUGCGCCAGCGAGCCAGGCCAGGAGUCUAGCGUAGGCCGGACGCACCGGGGCCGAACCCCGAGAGGGCUGUUUGGGCCAGCAACGGCUGGCUCCCCGGCACUAACCGGGCUGGGGUGUGGCGGGGGGCUUCGCAGGCCACCAGUAUCGACAUGUUGCUUGAGGAGGUCCGCGUUGGCGACAGACUGAGUGGGGCMGCAGCCCGGGGCGACGUGCAGGAGGUGCGCCGCCUUCUGUACCGCGAGCUGGUGCACCCCGACGCCCUGAAUCGCUUUGGCAAAACGGCUCUGCAGGUCAUGAUGUUUGGCAGUCCCGCCAUCRCUCUGGAACUUCUGAAGCAAGGUGCUAGCCCCAAUGUUCAGGAUGCCUCCGGUACCAGUCCAGUCCACGAUGCAGCUCGCACUGGAUUCCUGGACACCCUGAAAGUCCUCGUGGAGCAUGGUGCUGAUGUCAACGCGCCUGAUGGCACUGGGGMRCUCCCCAUYCAUYUAGCUGUGCAGGAGRGCCACAGUGCUGUGGUCAGCUUCCUGGCUCCUGAGUCUGAUCUUCAACACAAGGAUGCCAGGGGGCUUACACCCUUGGAGCUGGCACGACAGAGAGGGUCUCAGGACAUCAUGGACAUCCUGCAGGGGUGCACAGUGAUCCCACUGUGAGCCAGGGCCACUCUACCCAGCAAGAGAACCCACUAGGUUCUGUCAAAAGAGGAGGGAAGAAACACUUUCUCUCCUCACUCCUCUUGCUCUUUACAGAAGGGGGAGGAGGACCAGUUUGUGGCUUAUUGGUGUUGAUUUUUUGGGGAGUGUGUGUUUGGGGGACAUUUCUCAUUUGUUUUUCUCACCCCUUUUGGUGUGUUGGACAGAGAAGGGCUCCUAUAGGUAACAGCCACCAAAACGGUUCAUUUUGUCUGCACCCCGGGCUGCUGGGGCUGCAGACUAGACCCAAGCUCAAAGCGCUUAAAGCCCCAGCCCCAGAGUGAGUCAUCACCUCCAAGGCUCCAGGAACCUGGUGACUUUGGUCGGCUGUGCUCAGAGAGAUCCCUGAAGUGUGAGCUCUGUCUUGGGCAUGGGGGGCAGGGAGGGAAGUGUUUCAAAUCAAUAAAAGGGUAGUAUGAGUAAAUAUUUUGUUGGAAGCUUGUUUUCCAGUCUCUUGUA